UGUGUGUGUUCAGUACUUUUUUAAACAUUUUGAACACAUCUAACAACACCGAGAUAAUAUUGAUAACCGUGAUAAUUUUGGUCACAAUAACCGUGAUAUGAAAUUUUCAUAUCGUUACAUUUCUAUGCACCAGUGUUGGAGGAGAGUGUCGUUUCCUGCGGAAAUCCACCACCAGUUCCUUAUUUUUCCCCAUUUGAGGAUCUGAAGAUGGCUUUGGCAACCUCAGUGGUUUUGGUUCACCCAGACUUCACUCGCCUGAGCACAGUAACUGUACAGUGAUACAUGCUUUCACACAAGAGUCUACAAACACCACAUAAGUCUCCACUAACGACAGAAAAAGUCGCUAGAUUUGUUGCUAGAAGGCUAGGAGGCGUUGGAAAGUCACCAGAUUUAGCGACCAAGUUGGCAACACUGGUUCCAGGAUUAAAGGAGCGAAACAUUGGUGAAUGGUGGUUCCUGGCUGAUGACCCUGCAGCUGACCCGUGGGCACCGGAGGAGGUGCGACUGGCAGCAAUGCCUAGCAGGUGUUCCACCUAGCUGUACAUUUCUCUGCCUCUGUGCACUCUUCUGGCUCAGUCAUCAGAGGAAGUAGAUGAACUCUUGCCCUCGCCUGGAGCAUCACACGAGAUUAAAGGUAAGACAUGCUCAUCAAAUCCGCCCACACAGUCUGCAGCAACAACACAAAGCUCUGUCAGAAGAGCUGCACAGCUACAGUCUGACGUGCUGAGCAAACCCCACUGUGACGGACUUUUACUGUAGUGCCUUGCUCAACAGCAACCCAGUGAUGUUAAAGUUAGCAGGGCAUUUCCACAUUUAUCCAGUGGAUAGUCUGGUGACAUAAUGUGGCAUUGUUUUUACCAUUAUCUACUAAAAUUACAGACAUGACAUUCCUAAGAUCCUGGCUAGUGAAGUGAUAACGAUUUUUAGGAUAUAAGAUUUUGAUCAAUAAUUCCAUUUGGUAGUCCAUGGCCUAGUGGAAAGAGACCUUGCCCAUAAUAAUAGGGUUGCUGGUUUUAUUCCCCAUUGAUUGGAUUAAUUGGAUACUCUACAUUGACCCCAGCCAUGGGAGCCACAUCCAAUGUACUCCUAAUCUGGCAUAGAAAAAUAUCUGCCAAAUCAAAUAUGCCGAUCACAUUGAAUUGAAUAAAGAAAGUCAUAUUCAUACCCUGAGUGUGAGUGCACCACAAGAGUUCCCCAGCAGUCUAGGCCAAUAGCAGCAUAACCAUAUAUAAUCUUAUCUUAUCUUAUCAUGUCUUGUAGCUUUUGUGGAAGUUGCUAAUGUGAGGUGUACCAUUGCCCGGAAAAAUCACCUUAAAAUGAAGAGAUGAUGUACCAUUUGGGGCGUGCUCGAGAAAGGAGGGUGUGGGCAAGUGAAUGAUGAUGUCUUGUGCGCGCGCACACACACACACAGAUACACACAUACACACCUCAAGAGGCUUCCUCUCACUGUUAACUCUUCAGCAGAUCCAUUGAACAAGCUCAGCAGAGCAGCAUCAGUCAGGAAACACGCUUCUGCCAGAGAGACCAGGUGAUGAUGCCUGAAGCACAGACAUAGGCAGCAGUGGCAGAAGCAGUGGUGUAUCUGUGCUGUUCAUGGCUCAGAGGAGAGCUGCUGCCGCCAGCUGCUGCUGCUGCUGCUCAAGGACGCCCAUGAAUGAAGACAACGCCCGUUUCUGCCUGCUGGCUGGACUCAUCCUGCUCUACUUGUUGUGUGGGGCGGCCAUCUUCUCAGCACUGGAGCAUCCCUUUGAGCUGCGUGCUCGUCGCCUCUGGAAGCAGCAGCUUGACAACUUCACCCAGAGAUACAGGGUGAAGCUGGACUCCCUGCACACUCUGCUGCGGCAGUACGAGGAGGCGAAUGGAGCUGGUAUCAGAGUGGACACUCUGAGGCCUCGCUGGGACUUCUCUGGAGCGUUCUACUUUGUUGGCACAGUUGUCUCCACUAUUGGCUUUGGCAUGACUACACCAGCGACCAUACCUGGAAAAAUAUUCUUAGUAGUCUACGGUCUCAUUGGCUGUGCUGCCACCAUCCUCUUCUUUAACCUCUUCCUAGAGAGAAUCAUCACAAUGCUAGCUUACAUCAUGCGUUGGUGUCAUGAGCGUCGGCUGAGGUGUGGCGGGGUCAUGGUGAUGUCGAGAAGAGACGAGACCUCUGGUGAAGAAGACAGCCUUGAAGGCUGGAAACCAUCAGUCUAUUAUGUUAUGCUGAUCCUGGGAGUGGCAUCAAUUGUGAUUGCAUGCAGCGCCUCCACUCUCUACUGCUCCAUGGAGAACUGGAGCUACGUGGACUCACUCUACUUCUGCUUCGUUGCCUUCAGCACCAUCGGUUUCGGGGACCUGGUGAGCAGUCAGAGACAGCAGUAUGACUCUCAGGAAGCAUAUCAACUUGGGAACUGCCUUUUCAUCUUAAUGGGAGUAUGCUGUAUCUAUUCGCUUUUUAAUGUCAUUUCUAUUGUCAUAAAGCAAACUCUUAACUGGAUUCUCGCUAAGCUGAUUUGCUCUGGACAGCAGCAGCCUUGUUCUUGCUCCACAGCUGGCUGCUGGGGCGUCUGCUGUACCUGCUUCCAACACAAAACUCACCACCAGAGGCGCGUGCCUGUACACCUGAGGCAAAAACACUUUAAACGCAACACUGUGCAGCCCAUCACUUCCCACUGUCCUGCUGGAAGGCACCACUACACAGACAGCUCAGUGGAGACAGUGUGUGACAGUGAGACAGAUGCUGGUGCACUGGCUGAUGGGGUCUACGUUGGGCAGCGUCUGUCAGAAGAGAUGAUCUCUGUCAGCGAGUUCAUGGUGUCCAACAGGGUGUCACUGGCACUGCUGCAGAAGCAGCUGAGUGAAACAGCUCACCAGGGCCAACAGCAGAGCUACAGCCAUCAAAAUGGCUUUUCUGGUGGUGUGGGGGCCUUGGCCAUUAUGAAUAAUCGCCUACAGGAAACAAGUAUGGAUAGGUAGCACUACAUAAUACACCACCGCUGUACAACAGAGGCAGGCAAUAUUUUUCUCCACAGAUCCAUCCUGAUAUACAGUAGGAAAAAGGUCACUAACUUUAAUUUAAACCAUCCUAAUAUCCAAUAUGCUUCAGAGCAUUUGAAUGACAUAUAACUGGUAACAAAUACAAUUAUUAUUUAUAUUUUGUUGAAGCAAAGUAUUUGUACAAUUAUAAUUAUAAUCAAAAACUUAUUUUCAUAUUUUAUGUUCCCACUAGCCAUGCAGCAAGCUUCUACCCACACAGAUAGAUACAGAUUUGAUCUGUAUUCGGGUUAUCAUGGCAAACAUACUAGUGGCCAAAAGUAGGUUUGCAGGAAUAGCAUGCAGCAGGCUUCCUCCCUCUCUAUUAUUGAUCUUCUUUUCAAGGCCAAUUGGUCCAUGUUGAUAACCUGCAAAGCCAGUCAUUGUGCCUCCUUCUGGCAAAAGGAAGUAACAAACUAACAACAAACAAAUGAUUUCAUUUAUAUAAAGCAUUCAGCGUGUUGUCUACAUUUGAUGUACGCUGUCAUAACAAGUUAUUGGUGGCCUUUCUCUAGCGCCAUGUAGUGGCCAUUGUAGUCACUCCACAUCCAAACAUUCACAGGGGUGUGAGGGCCCGUUCAGUGCUGCUUGCAGCCCUAGUAUAACAUUGUAACUUUUUGUAGUGAUAAUACAUUGCAUUUCAUGUGACUAUUUCAAAAUAAAGGUUAA